GCUGCUAAGGCACAGCAAAUGAGGGCUGUAGAGAGAGGGGAGGAGGGAGAGGGAGGAGAGAGAAAAGGGGGCAUACUCACGUAGAUCAGAAAACAACAGUCCUGCUCGGUGCCCAGAGGACAGACGCUGCUGUCUGCUCACACUGAGAGUGAGGAGAGGGAGGAGGAAGAGGAGGAGGAGGAGGAGGAGGAGGGAGGAUUGACUUUUUUACCUGCCGUAGACGCUGCACUCACCCCUCGCCCUCCCUCCCUAUUCUUUGCUCUUCCCUUCAACCCAGCCUGUCUGGAGCCGCAGAGGACUGUCAACCUUGUACAGACGAAGCACAAGAUCAGAGUGCUGGCAGAGCAAGUGUGCCUCCAGCUCCGCUACCUGCUUUACCACCCCUGUAUUACUCUCCCUCUCUCACACAUGCACACCAAAAUGCUCUCGCAGGCACACGUUGAGAGAACUUUCCCUUGCGCGCACUCACUUACAUGCUGACAAGCAGGCAGGCAGGCACACCCCCUCCCAUUAUCUGUGCGGCGAGCAGUUCUGCUCAUAUUGGUGUGAGCAGCACGGGGCUGUGUUUCGCUCCUCAGCAGCAGAAGCGGCAGCAGCAGAGGCAGCAGCAGCAGCAGGACGGGUGCAGAGGAGAGAAGUCAUCACCAGAGAUCACACACCAGCUUCUACAGCUGAAGCGUGUGCCAGUGGGACAGCCAUGGAGGACACCCUCACCUGCAGCCAUGCCACCUUCUCCCAGGUGUUCGGACGCCAGGGACAGCUCAUGCAAGCCACGGUCCAGUCUCUCAACAGCCUGAACGACCAGAUCGCUCAGUUCAUGGUGACCAGACCUUGCAGCCUGGCCGACGAGGACGAGACCUUCAUGCCGGGAGAGAGGGACACCUUGAGGAAGUCCAUGACCCUGAUGAGACACCUGCUCAUGGACGCUCAGGGGAAAAUCCUUAAAAUGAUGGAAGACAACAAACAGCUGGCACAGAGGAUUGAUGGGGCCAUCCAGUCCGCCAGUCAGGAAGUGACCAAUCUCCGCUCCGAACUCUCCGCUACCAGCCGCAGACUGGCAGAGCUGGGUGCCAGCAGCCCCCCUGCUCUGGAGAACCACCACCAGCACAACCACCACGAUGACAGCCUCCACUACCGGGAUCCGUCAGUGCAUCACAGGCAGAAGACGGUGGUGACAGACAUGUGCUACCCGACAGAGAUAUCCAGCCUGAUGGACUUUGGCACUCCAGACUGCUCGCUAGGCAAAGUGUUGUUGCGUGAGGAGGUAGCCCAGCUUCAAGAGGAGGUCCACCUCCUGAGGCAAAUGAAGGACAUGUUGAGUAAGGACCUGGAGGACACCCAGGGAGGCUGCUCUGCCAAUCUGCUCUCGGCCACCGAGCUCCGUGUGCAGCUGGGCGACAAGGAGCAGGAGUUGGACCGUGCCAAGGAGGCCUUACAAGCUAUGAAAGCCGACCGUAAGCGUCUAAAAGUGGAAAAGGCAGACCUGGUGAGUCAGAUGCAGCAGCUGUACACGACACUGGAGAGCAGAGAGGAGCAGCUGCGAGAAUUCAUACGCAACUAUGACCAGCACCGAAAGGAGAGUGAGGAUGCGGUGAAGGCCCUGGCGAAAGAGAAAGACAUGCUGGAGAGGGAGAAGUGGGACCUGAGGAGGCAGACCAAAGAAGCCACAGAGCAGGCCAACAUCCUGCGCUCUCAGAUGGACAUGAAGGAGAACAGGAUCAAAGAACUGGAGGCAGAGCUUACCAUGGCGAAGCAGUCUCUGGCCACCCUGACAAAAGACGUACCGAAGCGCCACUCGUUGGCCAUGCCAACAGAGCCGGUGGUGAACGGCAGUCAGGAGUGGGUGAUGCAGGCCGACCUGCCGCUCACUGCAGCCAUUCGUCAGAGCCAGCAGACCCUCUACCACGGACACACCACGGACAGACAGGCUGUGGUCAGGAUCAGCCCCUGUCACUCUCGCCAGCCCUCCGUCAUCUCUGAUGCCUCGGCGGCCGACGGGGACCGCUCGUCCACGCCCAGCGACAUCAACUCACCUCGUCACCGGACGCACUCCCUCUGCAAUUCCAUGGAGGACCUGGAGGACCAGAAGCGUAAGAAGAAGAAGGAGAAGAUGACUCUGGGAUCCCUGUCACGGGUGUUCGCUCGGGGCAAGCAGCGCAAGUCACUGGACCCCGGCCUGUUUGAUGACUCUGACAGCCUCACACAGCAGAGCCUGUCUGACGGAGAGGAGCAGCUGGACCGCCUCCAGCAGGCGGAGCUCACACGAAACACGUGCAUGUCGCUGUGGAGGGCAGGUGCAGUCCAGGCCUGGAUGGAGGUUGUCAUGGGAAUGCCCAUGUACAUCCGAGCCUGCUCGGAAAACGUCAAAAGUGGCAAGGUACUACUAGGCUUGACAGAUGAGGAUUUAGAGCUGGGUUUGGGUAUCAGUAACCCGAUUCAUCGCAGGAAGCUAAGACUGGCCAUUGAGGAUUACAGAAGAGCUGAAGGGGAUCAAGGGCUAUCAAAAGCUUCUGAGAUGGAUCAUCACUGGGUUGCAACAUCAUGGCUGAGUGAUGUGGGGCUGCCUCAAUACUCCCAAACUUUCCAGAGUCACCUAGUGGAUGGACGGGUGCUGAACUCUCUGAGCCGCAGAGACCUGGAGAGAUUCCUCAACAUCAGUGACCAGUUCCAUCAGACCAGUCUACUUCUGGCAAUCCAGCUGCUGCAGAUGCUCAGCUUUGAUAAAGAGGCCCUGCAGGCAAGACGAGCCAAGUGUGAGCACCAAGACCGGGACACCAUUGUUUGGACAUGUCACAGAGUAAUGAAGUGGAUCAGAGACAUAGACCUCAAGGAGUUUGCAGACAAUCUUCAAGGUAAAGGGAUCCAUGGAGCUCUGAUGGCUCUGGAUCCAUCUUUUGACACCGAUGCCAUGGCCAAAGCCCUGGGGAUCCCCAGCAACAAACACAUGCUGCAUCGGCAUCUGUAUGAAGAGAUGAAAUCACUUGCUGUCCCUCACAGCAAUGCAGAGCAAUGCAAUGAGAUUAUCAAUUCUUCACCUGUGGCUGUUAACCGCUUUGCUGAGGAGAGGGUGUCUCUGAGAAGAACAGGCAAGAGUCCACUGAGGUUACGUGCAAACAGCCACUCUGUGGAGCGAAGCCUGGGCUUUCAUGGCAGCUGUGGCUCUCUGCCCAGAGAGGCAAGAGUCCAGGCUGUUCCCCGGGCCAAAGGCAGCCCGAUGCACACCUUCAAGAGUGUGGAAAUCACCAAUGUCUGAACCAGUCUCAGCCAUCGAAAUCUUGAUGAUUGUUUACAUUGUUAUUGUGUUAAAGAUGUUUACUACUGAGAGGAAACUACACUCAGCAUUGCUGGACUUUGAAGAGAAGUUGUACUGAAGUGGUUUACCACUUCAUUAAUAAUUCAAAUAUAUUGUCAUUUUGGUCAGAAUAACACAUUGUCACGCAAAUAAUUUUUCAUCUGAAGGAGCUGAUGUAAAUAUAAAGAUGAAAAUCUUAUGGACACAAAGUUUUGUUUUUUGCUUUGUUUUUUUCCAACUACAUUUCCAAAUGAGUUUUUUUUUUUUUAUCAUGAGUUUAUAGAAAAUCAUAGUGAUGUAGAUGUGAAGACAGAAGAAAAACCUGCAAAAAUAAUUGUACAUUGUUGUUCUUCUUUGAUGCCUUACAUGCCAUAGGUCUCAUAUUUAUAUUAUCUUCACAGCGCUGUUGUGGUCUCUGUCAACUAUUUUUAACAGGUCAGCUCUUUUUUUUUACGUAGUAAAUGAAGAAUUAUGGUUGAGAUAUAGAAAAAAGUCAUUAAGAUAUGCUUUCACAGUAGAGAUACAUCACAGUUAUUAUUACUACUGUAACAGAUCAUAGACUUUAGUUUAAAACAACAUUUAAAAAUAUGAAAUCUGGAUGUGAAUUUGUCACCAAUGAUACAGGUACAGGUUUUAUGAAACAGCAGGUUGUAGUACACAAGACAAUCUUAAAAGUAAAUACAGUACUUUAAAAAAAAGUGGUUUAAUCUGUCUUCUCAUAGUGUUACAUUCAGUUAAUUAAAGAGAUCUAUAGUUGAUGUUUUGAAUACAAAUGUUGAUUUAAAAAAAAAUACUACUAACUACUAAGACUCAUCCAAGGUGAUACUGUAUGUAGAUAAAAGAUACAGUUAAAUGAUGGACUUUGAAAGUGAUAAUGUGUGUGAAAGUGUUUAUACUGUAUAAGCGCUGACAAAAGGCAGUGCUGUUGCUUAUCUUAUGCACUCAAAGGAGGGAAUGUACUGGUAUCUUUUGUACAGUUUGGUCAUGUUUUAUAACACAGUUGUACAAAAUCAGCUGUUUCUGAGCAUGAGAACACAUGAACUGUCACACAGGGCCACAGUGUGUGCAGCUAAAACCCUGCGGUUGAUCCAAACCGUAGAAAACAGGUUUGUCUGCUACUCACUGGGUGUCUCCUCCACUCACCAAAAGCAAAGGUGUUUCAGCAGGAAGAUCAGACCAGUUUAAACCUGUACAGACACAGAAGGGAAGAAGUCGAAUGGUGUUUGCUUUUAACACCACAGUUCAUAUGACAUUUGCUAUUUGUCUUCUCUCAGCUGUCAGAGCUUUUCAUGUAUACCAACAAUAAAAGUGGAAUUAUUGUUAACUGUCA